CGCGGUUCUGCUUCUUCGAAAGACCGUGGGGCCUCCUAAAUCGAGCACACGGCUGCACGCCACCAGGCUGUGCCUGAAAAGAAAAACAUUUUCCACGCCCGAGGAAAGGCCGUGCACCCAUCGUCGCCAUGUCGUGGGCCCAAAUCAGCGCAUCCAUGCAGGCUAGCGCUUCGGAGGACGACGUGGGAGCACGCAGAGCCAGGCAGAACACGGAGAAGAAGCCGAUCAUCGUGAUCGCCUCGCCACACCCCACCAUCAUCACGGGCAACUUCGACCCAAGCAGCCAGGUUCAAAUGGGUUCUUCCAUGAUGUGGCCACCGCCUGGAAGCCCUGUUCAAGGCACGUCGUCCGCCACUAUGUUUAUGUCUGGCACAGCUGCGUCGCCAGCGUCCAUACCGGUGCAACAGACGUCCUCUGGAAACCUGAUCCUGGCCGCCGAAGUUCAGAUGACGUCCCCUAGCACCACGAUACUGCAGAGCAUUCCAGCAGGAUCGAAAAUCUGUGGAUCUAUUUCGGGACGGAGCUCCAAAAGCCGAAGCAGGGUCAAGGGUCACAGGAUGAGUAUUCGCAGGAGCAGUAGUCGCAAGCGAAUCGGCAGUCCUGCUCCGCGGAGGCCUUCGGGAGCGUCCAACCAGGGCACUGGCUUCGCGUUAGUGCAGGCGGAGAUGCGGAGCGAUGACUCUGGGUCAAGGAGCAGUGGGAGUCUCACCACCAUGGCAUUCGUAGACGUUGACGCGGUCCAAAAGCAGGCGAGAAAGAAGGCCAAGAGGCGAGCCAGCAAGAACAAGCUCAUGCGGAGGCGCAGUAAGCCAGAAGACGCAGCGACUAGAGCCUUCGUGGAAGCACUUUCGAUAACUUGCUCGCCCGCUUCAACACCCUCUACGGGCUCGCUCGCAGGCUCUUCGUCCAUGAGCAGCGGAAGUAUGACCGGGUUGGACAAGCUCAUGGGCACUACGGCGAGGAAGAGACCCAGCAGGAAGCUGGUCAGGCGGCAGGUCAGGAGGCGAAGGAGCGCGCGUUCACCCAAGCGGAGGGCAAGCAACACGGACGCUGCCCUUGCCCAGGCACUCGUAGCCACGCUCUCUGGUGGAACGUCUUCGCCAGGCGGUGGCCUUGGGGAAAGGUCCUCGAUGAGCGCGCUCAUCACAACCACCCCGGUGGGUGCGGCUUCGCCGCGAUAUCAGGCGCAACAGGGAACCGGACAGAUGAACUUCGUGCUCAACCUUCCGAACAGGCAGGAACCUGCAGCCAACACACUCACGCUUACAAUCGUCCAGGAUUCAAACACUCCCACACAAACCGGCGGAUGGCGAUGAUCGUGGCUGCGAACUUUGUUGGUUCUUUAGACUUGGUUGGAGCAAAGGAGAAGGACGCUUCCCUGUUUAUUAGCCCGUUAGUGGAUGACGUCGCCGUAAAAUUCUCACGUUUUUCUUCAA